CGAAACGGUCCGUUUUGAGGACGAUGAGCAACAAAGUCCAUCUACAUCUUGCACCGCCAUUCAACGCACAGUGAAAUCACAGUUCACCACGCCCAUUCUAUUACACCAAACUGUCUCUCAAGGGUGACCUCGCUAACGCUAGGAGGAUUCAGCCCUGCGAUGGAUGACGGCAGAUCAUGGUCAAUGACCCAGCGGUGUCUGUGGUGGGUGGUGCAACGAUUCAAAAACCCCAUACUCGGAAAUCUUUCCUCCCCAGCGUGUGACAACCCCGACCAACCAAAGCUCAAAGCAAAUAACCACGGUUCUAUACGACCAGGCAGUCUCGACUCCAUUUGUUCUCACCACUGUGCCCUGCAAUCAUGGUCUCAUCCAGCCGCGCCCAUAUACCUACCCUCCUUGAACUACCGAUCCCCCGCUUGCAAUCACAGGACAGACGGGUACAGAUAAACAACACUUCCCGUCUACAUGUCCUAU